AUGUCUCUCGAAUCUCCACCCGACGAGAUUCUCCUCCAGGUGCUCAAAGACCUAAACCCACCUGGCGCCUGGGAUGAUUUGGCGGCAUAUAGCCUUGCAGACGAAACGCUUCACCCCCCGCACUCCUACCAGACGCCCGGUUGGAAACCCUCAAGAUGCGUAUCGUAUACCGAGUUCAAUCGUUCCUGCCAGUACUGGGCAGCGCUGCGAAAGGCAGACCUGGUUAUGCAGGGGAUUUCGGCUAGCAGUCAUCAUAUGCGUGAAGUAUCUUGGGACAUAUUGGUCCUGCGUGCCAUGGGCACAUCGCUUCUGUCUUCAACGACGCAGGCUUCGGCUGGUUGUCUGACGUGGAAAUUAAUUUCGCGGGCAGUGGAUGAACGUGAAGAGUUUUACGGCCGCUUGUUGGAGCCUAUCUUUGAAGACGAAGAGGAAGAGAUGAGGAAGAGAGCACGUGGAGAGCUAUGGUGGGGUUUCCUCCGAGAUCCUAGGAUAACUGGGUGGCUAACGUCUGGACGCAAGAUGACGCGGAAGGAGACCAUGGCUUCGAUCUCUUACCUGAACCACCGAUUCUGGUAG